AUGCAAGGGCGCCCUCCGUCCUCCCGCUCCCACUCCCGACCCACCACCUCCGCCCGCCCCCUCACCGCAAGGGACAGGGACUACGCCAGCAACAACCCCAUGGGCCACCCCCCAGCACCGUAUGAGAUUGAGGAGGAGUAUGAUGAUGAGAGCGAGGAUGAGGAUGUGUUCGCCUUUCUGCCCCCGACCACCGCCGACCAGGAGCAGCAGCGGGCCCAACAACUAGCCCAACAACAGCAGCAGGCGACGACGUCUCCGUACGCAUUGGGCGGGGCGGGGACGGUGGCUGCUGCCGCUGCGUCCCUCCAGGCGCAGUACUAUCCCCAACAUCAGCAGUCCCCGUUCUCACAUUCGCCGUUCGCGCACGAGCCAGCCCAUCCCUCGCACCACCAUCCCAGCCAACCACCGAGCCACUUCCAGACGAACAACCCCUACGCCGCACCGCAGUACCCCGACCCGACGUUCGAUCCGUGGGGGCGGUACGGGGGCGUGGGUGCGCCAGCGACGCCGGCCUCAGCACCCGGGGUGAACUCCCCUGCACAGCCUGAUGCCUCCCCUGCCCUCCCCUCUGCCAUCGCCGCCCCUCCCUCCAUCGCUCCCGCCAACGCUCCCACCCCGGCGCCCGCCGACGACAAUGAUAACACAAGUAACAUCAACAGCAACAACCCUUACUUCGCCCUCGCAGCCUCCUUCCCCUUGUCAGCCGCCGCCGCCCCUCAGUCCCCCGGCCGGCAAGCGAUCGUCAGCCCGUCCGCCGCUGGCCCAGGAGGGUCAACCAACUACUCCCAUCCUACCUCGCUUUCCCACACCCAUUCGCAUUCAAACUCGCAACCACGCUCGCUCCAGCCAAACGGGCUUCCACCCCCCUCGCCCAGCACCGACUCGCAGCCGAGCACCGGGUACGGAUACCCCCACUCGCACUCGCACUCGGCCUCGAUGGCGCAGGAUAACUUCAAGCUUCGGAGGCUUGGCACUGGUACGGGUGUUAGUGCAUCUGAGCGGUGUUCCGGGGAUCGAGAUAGGGAAAGGGCGGCGGGCGUUGGUGUUGGAGGUGUGGUAGAGGAAGCCGAAGCCGAGGGCGGCGAGGAGAAGCGCAGGAAGGAGGUUCGCCCCGUCCGCGUCAACCUACCGGCUCUUACCAGCACUGGUGCAGAGGUGAAGGAGAGGAGACGUACGAGCAACGGCGCUUCAUCUGGAGGUGUAGAUCCAGAUGCGGAGGAGAGCGACACCGCCGCCUCGGAGAAGGACGUCCAGCUGACGAAGGACCUCGAAGGCGGAGAUGGCGGUCGGUCGCCCGUCUCGCUCGUUUCUGCUGUCUCCGCUGUCGAACCCACUCUUAACGAGCCGACUUUGAACGAACACGAUCAGGCGAACCCCCUUUCUCAGAGUCCAACUGCGCAAGGAGGAGGAGGGGGGAAGAAGAAGUCGAAGAAGAGGUCGAAGAGGGGUUCGGGCAUGGGCACUCCGGGCACUGGGGGUGCGAGUAAUACCACAGGAAAUGGGGCAAACGGGUCAAGGACACCGAGGAGGCGCAACCCCAACGCCCAGCCGUACUAUGCGUACGCGGCGUAUGCGAGUGCGUAUGGGUACCCGACGAGGGGAGGAACGUCCACAUCAACACACCGACCCGCCUCUGCACACUCACCGUCCGCCCCACCCACCUUCGCUUCCCAUACCCACUCCCACUCGCAUGCAGCGCCCCCCACCUCCGCCUCCCACCUAACAGCGAACUACCCCCCACCCACUCCCGACGGGGUCUCCCAUCACCACCCUUACAACGCCAACGCCAACACCAAUAAUGUUAAUAGGUCCGGGUCGUACAUCGGCGCUGGAGCGGGGAAGCGCGUCGAUUCGGCUUCUUUGGCUGAUUCGUUGUCUUUGGAGGAGCGCUAUGCAUACGGGUACGGCGAAGACGGGUACGCAACAGGAGGGGGGAGGUACACAGACGAUAAUGAUCCGUAUGAUGGGCGCUACGGGGAGCGGUACGGGUAUGGGUAUGGAGGCGAUCGAGUAUCGUAUCGCGGAAGGAGGGGAGACGAGGAGGAGGGUGGGGGCGAGGGAGAGGGAGAGGGGAGCGAGGAGGGGAGUGAUGAGGGGAGUAUUAAAAUGGAGUUCGACUUUGACGCGAUCGAGGAAGAGGACUCGCCGUUCCCUGAAGUGCGUGCGUCGGUGUCGAAUAUUGACGACCCGGACAUGCCUGCGAUGACGAUACGCAUGUGGUUCGUCGGGCUGUUGCUUUGUAUGACGAGCAGUGCCCUCAAUGUGUUCUUCAACUUCCGGUCUCCAGCACCAACAGUCAUCCCACUCGUCCUUCUCCUUAUCUCCUACCCAUUCGGCAAGUUCCUCGCCUUCACCCUACCCAUCACCAUCUACCGCAUACCUCUACCCCACCUCCCACGCGGGAUGUUUCCCGUGCACCAACCCACCUUCGCCCCAUUCCGACUCAUCGUCAACCUCCUGCUGCCCCUUACCUACUCCCGCGCGCUCGAGUUCUCCCUCAACCCCGGGCCGUGGAACAUCAAAGAGCACGUCCUGGUGUACAUCAUGGCCAACGUCGCCGUCGGCAACCCGUACGCGCUCAACGCGAUCGUCGUCUCGGAGAUCUUUUACGACAUCGUCCUGGGCUACUGGUUCUCGCUCACGCUGGUGCUGGCGACGCAGCUGACAGGCUUCGGGCUCGCGGGGCUGUGUCGCAGGUUCUUGGUCUGGCCGGCGAGCAUGGUGUGGCCCCAGAAUCUGGUGGCGUGCACGCUGUUGAACACGCUGCAUGCGGAGGACGAGGAUGAUGGGAUUGGGAUGUAUGGUGGGACGGCGGAGCAUGGCGCGAAAGGCAUGUCGAGGUAUAGAUUCUUCGUGAUAUGUACUUGUGCGAGCUUCUUCUGGUUCUUCCUGCCUGGAUACCUCUUCUCAGCACUCUCGGUGUUCUCGUUCAUCUGCUGGGCUGCACCGACCAACGUACCCGUCAAUCAGCUCUUUGGUGUCCGCACGGGUUUGGGCAUGAGCGUCCUUACCUUCGACUGGUCGCAGAUCACUUGGAUCGGGUCUCCGCUGAUGGUACCAUGGUGGGCCGAGGUCCAUAUUUUCUUCGGCUUCGUGCUGUUUUACUGGAUCUUGGUCCCGAUCUUGUACUACACAAACUCGUGGCAGCUCGCCUACUUCCCAAUUUCCGCGAACGAGCCCUUCGAUCGUUUCGGACAGUCCUAUAAUAUCACUCGUGUUCUGAAGCCAGACGACCGGUUCGACCCAGAGGCCUACCACGCCUACUCCCCGCUCUACCUGCCCGCAACCUACGCCAUGACCUACCUCCUUGCUUUUGCCCUAUCCACCUGCGUCAUCGUCCACACCCUGCUCUACCACGGUCGCACACUGAUCAACGGCCUCAAGCGUAUCCGGAUAGAGGCGGACGACAUCCAUGCGAAGCUCAUGAGGAACUACCCUGAGGUGCCUGAUUGGUGGUAUGCGAUCGGGUUCUGCGUGUUCUUCUCGCUGGCGAUUAUCGCUGUGGAGGUGUGGGAUACGGGUGUACCGGUUUAUGCGCUACUCCUGGCGGUUUUGUUGCCGGUGAUUUAUAUCUUGCCAUCUGGGUUCAUUUAUGCGAUGACGGGCCAGGGUAUUACGCUCAAUCUGCUAGCGCAAAUCAUUCCUGGUACGCUGCUACCUGGGCAGCCGCUCGCCAACAUGGUCUUCAAGGCGUACGCGGUGCAAACGCUAUCAGCUGCGACGUCUUUCGUACAGGAUUUGAAACUCGGUCACUAUGUCAAGGUUCCGCCACGGGCGACAUUCCUAGUCCAAAUGGUUGCUACCGCCCUGGCGGCCUUCGUUCAAGUUGGUGUGAAGCAGUGGAUAUUUGACAACGUUCCGGACAUCUGCCAAAGGGACCAGCCGUCGUCGCUGACCUGCCCGCAUAACCAAGUGUUCUUCACGGCCUCCGCUGUUUGGGGUCUCAUCGGUCCGACAAGACAGUUCGGGACUGGGUCUCUGUACCAUCCCCAUCUAUACGCUAUCGUGGUCGGCACCGUCUUGCCAGUUCCAUUCUUCCUCUACCAACGGAAAUACCCCAAGUCGUGGGUGCGCUACGUGUCAACGCCGGUCAUCUUGAACGGCGUGUCGUCCAUUCCACCUGCAACGGGUAUCAAUUACUCCUCAUGGUUCGCCGUGGGCUUCGUCUUCCAGUACCUCAUCCGCAAACGCAACUUCGCAUGGUGGUCCAAGUUCAACUAUGUCUUGAGCUCAGCGCUGGACAGUGGAACGGUGAUCAGCGUGAUCGUCAUCUUCUUCACCCUGCAGUUCCCGAAAGGCAUUCCGGAACUGAACUGGUGGGGGAAUUCGGUGUAUGUGAACACAGCGGACUAUCAACGGACACCGCUAAAGUCAAUACCGGAGGGUGGGCUGCCGUGGAGUGCACUGGUGAUACCAACGGCUACGUCACUACCACCUCUGCCGUCAUGA